UUGGUGGGAAAAUGAGCAAUACAAAACGACCGUUGAGUAAUUGCCCUCCAAAAUUCUUCCAGUCUCAAACAGGUUAUGACAGCCAUAGCCAACAGAGCAUCCUCCCCUGCAUUUUCCAAAGCCUUAGAAACCAAGCAAUGCCUCCUUCAAGGCUUCACCUCCUUCAACCACCUCAAACACGCCCACGCCCGGCUCCUUCGCCUUGGCCUCGACCAAGACAACUAUCUUCUCAACCUGGUCCUCCGCUCCGGCUUCGAUUUCGGUCACACCGCUUACUCCCGCCACGUCUUCCGCCAAACCGCGCAGCCCAACAUCUUCCUCUGGAACACCAUGAUCCGCGGCUUGGUUUCCAACGAUUGCUUCGACGACGCGAUCCAAUUCUACGGCUCGAUGCGGAAAGAUGGAUUCUUACCGAAUAGCUUUACUUACCCUUUUGUUCUGAAAGCAUGUGCGAGGCGAUCAGACUUCCAAUUGGGGCUGAACAUUCAUACCCUUGUGGUGAAAACUGGGUUCGACUUCGAUGUUUAUGUUAAAACCAGUUUGCUCUGCUUAUAUGCGAAAUGUGGGUAUUUGGAACAUGCACAUAAGGUAUUUGAUGAAAUGCCGGAGAAAAAUGUUGUUUCUUGGACUGCCAUGAUUUGUGGGUACAUUGAAGCUCGCCGGUACAGAGAAGCUAUUGAUACGUUUCGCGGGUUGUUGGAGAUGGGUUUGCGGCCUGAUAGUUUUAGCCUUGUUAGGGUUUUAUCUGCGUGUGGGAGGUUAGGGGAUAUAGGCAGUGGGGAAUGGAUUGAUGGAUACAUAAUGGAGAUUGGUAUGGGGAGGAAUGUGUUUGUUGCUACCUCUUUAGUUGAUAUGUUUACCAAGUGCGGAAAUAUGGAGAAAGCUCGUCGCGUCUUUGAUGUGAUGCCCGAGAAGGAUAUAGUUUCUUGGAGCAGCAUGAUUCAGGGAUAUGCAUCAAAUGGGCUUCCUAAAGAAGCCAUAGACCUCUUCUUUCAAAUGCAGAAGGAGAAUUUGAAACCCGAUUGCUAUGCCAUGGUUGGCGUACUUUCUGCUUGUGCAAGAUUAGGAGCGCUUGAAUUAGGGGACUGGGCUAGCCAUUUGAUGGAUAAAGAUGAAUGUUUCACUAACCCAGUUCUUGGUACAGCUCUAAUUGACAUGUAUGCGAAAUGUGGGAACAUGGUCCUUGCUUGGGAAGUCUUUAAGGGGAUGAAGAAAAAAGACCACGUUGUUUGGAAUGCUGUGAUGUCUGGUCUUGCUAUGAAUGGACAUGUCAAAGCUGUGUUUGGACUAUUCGGACAAGUGGUAAAAAUUGGAAUUCGACCUGAUGGAAACACUUUCAUGGGCCUUCUUUGUGGAUGCUGUCAUGCUGGUCUAGUUGAUGAGGGCCGGAGGUAUUUUAAUAACAUGACGAGUGUCUUUUCCUUGACUCCGACAAUUGAGCAUUAUGGAUGUAUGGUGGAUCUUCUUGGCCGUGCAGGUUUGUUGGAUGAAGCUUACGAGUUAAUAAAAAGUAUGCCAAUGGAGGCGAAUUCCAUUGUUUGGGGAGCGCUGUUGGGUGGAUGCCGGCUACAUAGGAAUACCCAAUUGGCUGAACUUGUACUGAAACAACUCAUUGGGCUAGAACCGUGGAACUCAGCACACUAUGUUCUCCUAUCAAAUAUUUACUCUGCAAGUCAUAAAUGGAAUGAGGCAGCAGAUACCAGAUCACAAAUGAGUCGGCAAGGGAUGAAGAAAAUCCCGGGUUGCAGUUGGAUCGAAGUAAAUGGGGUUGUUCACGAAUUCCUUGUCGGAGACGAGUCCCACACAUUGUCAGAUAAGAUAUACGCAAAACUUCACGAGUUGGCUAAGGAAUUGAAAGCAGCAGGUUAUGUUCCGACCACAGAUUUUGUGUUGUUUGACAUAGAAGAGGAAGAAAAGGAGCAUUUCCUUGGCUGUCAUAGCGAGAAGCUGGCCGUUGCAUUUGGUCUGAUCAGCACUGCUCCUACAGAUACUAUCCGAGUUGUGAAGAACCUUCGUGUGUGCGGUGAUUGUCAUGAGGCGAUAAAGCUCAUCUCGAAGAUUACAGGGAGAGAGAUCAUCGUUCGGGACAAUAACCGAUUUCAUUGUUUCAUUGAUGGUUCAUGUUCAUGUAAAGAUUAUUGGUAAUAUUUAAUUUUUCGCUUUUUAGUCAAAAUAGUCAUUGAGAUUUG